AUGCCAGACCCAAAUGUUCCUCUUGCUCUUGCUGCCGCCCUCCAGAAUGCCUCUUCGGUGAUCGCAUCUCAUCAAAACUUCUCUGAAGUCAUGGCGUCAAACUCCAUCAAGCUCUUGACGGGCAACAGUCACCCCGAGCUGGCGCAUGCUGUCGCGAAAAGGCUAGGCAUCGAGCUCGUCAAGAUCAUGGUAUUACAAUACUCGAACCAAGAGACUAGUGUCACGAUCGGUGAAUCGGUCAGAGACGAAGAUGUCUUCAUCCUCCAAUCUACCCGUCCGAACGACAUCAACGACGGCCUCAUGGAACUUCUCAUCAUCUGCAACGCCUGCAAGACUGCUUCCGCUCGUCGUGUCACUGCGAUCCUCCCGAACUUCCCAUAUGCGAGACAAGACAAAAAGGACAAGUCGCGGGCUCCUAUCACGGCAAAGCUCAUGGCAAACAUGCUCCAAACCGCGGGUUGUAACCAUGUGAUUACGAUGGACUUGCACGCUUCGCAGAUUCAAGGCUUCUUCAACGUCCCCGUGGAUAACCUCUACGCCGAGCCCAACAGUGUGAAAUGGAUUCGAGAGAACCUCAUGCAUGCCAGCGAGACGGGGUUGGAGAUGAACGGUCCCCGGCAGGAGUGCGUCAUUGUGAGCCCCGACGCCGGGGGAGCGAAGAGAGCUACUUCCAUGGCCGACAAACUCGAUUUGCCGUUCGCUUUGAUCCACAAAGAACGAUCGCGACCUAAUGAAGUCUCACGCAUGACACUGGUCGGCACGGUGAAAGACAAAGUUGCCAUCGUGGUGGACGAUAUGGCAGAUACAUGUGGCACGCUUGCAAAGGCCGCCGAUACGCUGAUCAAACAUGGUGCGAAAGAUGUGGUCGCGCUGGUCACUCAUGGAAUCUUGUCAGGGAAAGCCGUGGAGACUCUGAGGAAUUCGGCGCUGAGUCGGUUGGUCAUGACAAACACUGUGCCGGUCAGUGAGGACAAACUCGAAGCUCUUAAGGUACCCGAGGGCCAAAAAGGAUGCAGGCUGGAGUUUAUUGAUAUUGCCCCUGUCCUGGCGGAGGCCAUUAGGCGGACGCACAAUGGUGAAAGCGUGAGUUAUCUGUUCAACAACCCGGUGUCAUAG